AGCAGCGGGAAGGUUCCCGAAGGGCCCGGCGCGGCCCCAGCAGGCUAUAAAAGGCGGCGCGGGGGCUGCCGGAGCCAGUGAGCAGCAGCCGGGCAGGGAGUCAGGCAGAGGCGGCUCCAGCAGCAGCGUCUCAGCAGCUGAACUCGGCCCAGCGGCUCCAGGCCCCGGGGGGGCAGGAUGCUCCCGCUCCGAGUGUGGCUUGGCAGCAGCGCCCCAGUGCCCAGGCUCCUGGGGCCGGGGCCCCACAGCCUCUUGGCCCAGCUGGUGGGGGACGUGCAGACGCACCUGGAGGAGAUGGAGCGACUGAGACACUCCCUCCUUCUGGCUUCUCCCCUUCUCUGCGGGGAGGGCGAGGGGAGGAGGCCGAGGCCGAGCAGCCAGUCCCUGGCGGAGGGGGCUGGGAAGGAGCCCGGCUCCCAGGCGCAGGGGAAGGACAAGUUCCAGCUCUCCAUGGACGUGAGCGGCUUCUCCCCAGCUGAGCUGAUGGUGAGAGUGGACGGGAGGAAGCUGACGGUGACGGGGACGCAGGAGAAGAAAACGGCGUCGGAGGCUGGAGUCUGCUCCCACGAAUACAGAGAGAUCCGCAGAGAAACUCUCCUGCCGGAAGACGUGAACGUGGAGGCCGUGCUCUGCUCCCUGUCCCAGGAUGGGCAGCUCUGCAUCGAGGCGCCACAUCUGGCCCUGCCAGCUGCAGAAGGGAGAGCCGUUCCCAUCAGCGUCUGCCAGGGGGUGAAGGCAGGAGAAGGAAACCUGGCUACGGAGGGAAAGGAGCCGGGGAGCAGCGAGAUGGAGACAGGAGGAGAGAGCGAGGGGACCAGCCCCAGAGAUUCCUGAAACCAGCCACCGACUCCAGUAACCCUGGGACUCUGUUCUGUGCUCUAAGUGUCUCCCUGGAGGAGCAGGGACUGUGCGAUGCUUUGUAUUAGGGUUUGGGGGUUUGUACAAUUUUAUCCCUCUCCUGAACUACAAAUUAAAGGAUUUUAUUUUAAGUAUAAA